GCGAACUGUUUGUAUGCCGUGUGGAGGAGGGAGAAACGGUGCUAGCAGUGUCUCCGUCCACGGUACAAUCGCUGGCCGAGCCGUGGAUCGGCUACACACACGUUUCAACCCUAGUAAAAAAAACACGGAACAGUUCCCUUAUGAAGUAAAGGAGCCUAUAAUUCUUUCAGUGUUAGAUCUACAUCUACUUGUGUUGAUUAGUUUAUAGUAACACCUAUUUUUUUUUACUUGGAUGUUUAGUUACAUUAUGAUUAGAAAUGUUUGUUCGGGACUGGUGAUUACAUUCAUUAAGAUACAUCUGUGCCAUUACCUGUGAUUGUGAUUCUUCUGCGAUUUAGAAUAAUUUAGAUUUAGAUUGACCGAGAUAGUCUAGUGACUAGUCUAGCGUCUAGAACUAUCUAGAAUCUAGAUCUAUACUAAUUAUUGACUCAAGAUCUAGAUUUAUUGUUUUGUAUUCAAAAUUGGAUUCUAUCGAUAGAUCUAUCUUAUCUAUGUUUAGCUAUAGAUCUAGAUCAAAAUUAGAGUCACUGGAUCCGUGGUAAAAAAAAAAUAACAACCGCCUUUGGUGUGAUGUUUUAUGUUUUUCAUAGAUCUACUAUCUAGACCUAGAUCUAGAACCUAUAUAAUAAUAUAUAUUAUAAAUCUAUCAGAUAGACUAUGUACAUCUAGAUCUGGAGCUAGAUCUACGUCAACUUAUUAAGGAUCUGAUCUAGAUCUAAUUACUUGAUUUAAACGAAGGAAAAAAAAUACAUGAACCAGGGCCUCAAGUGAAAUAUCUAAAACACAGAUUCAGUUGCGUAUUAUAUAUGUUCGUAUUAUAUUAGGUCAAUUAGGAUGACCACUUAAAAUGAUGGUAAUAAACAAUGGGUUAACUCGUAACAGCUACUCAAAAUCUAAGUGGUCAGUAGGCUGAGCUGGACCUACAAGCUAAGUGACCUCCAUUGAUCGAAGAGGACAGAGGGAUACUUCAUACACGUGUUGUUCGUCUGGAUAAGUCUUGACCUGGACCUCUUAUUGACACUGGUCGAGUGGACUGGUGGACUAGCCCUAGAUGAAAGGACAAAGUGUCUCUAGAAACCAAGAGUAAAUCCAGUGACCUUUGGACCUGUAUGAACUGAUCAAAUGAGAUCAAUUGCUCAAGUUAAGGAGUUAUGAGCUCUGAUGAACUAGACAAGCUGCUGAUGUUGGUUCCAUAAAGAGCAAGGCAACGCCGGACUGACGUCUACAGAAGUGCGCCCCCGUCGAAUCCGGACCAAAACUGUCCCUACCACUACACUGUCUCAACGGAAAUCUUCGAGUGAACCCAUUGUCCAGAACGCUGCGCCCUCUGGGUCCGCACUGACUCACCUCGGGGAUGACCCCCGGGCUAGAAUGAAGACUGCGUUGGUCAUCAUGACAGGCAUCGGUUUUACACUGGGCGUGGUCUUCGGGCUCCUACUGCAGCUGCCCAUUGACACUAGCCUGCCCGCAGACAGCGUUCACCCCAACGGUCAUUCCUCUUUCAAGUCAAGACGAAGUUUGAGUGAUGGUCAAGAGGCUGCCAACUACCGUCAGCAACAGCAAGCUCCACAGCCACCAGUGUCCACCAUUCGCUUCCUUGACUCUCUUAGGAAGAGCUCUUCUAAUAAUGGUGGCAAAGUGGACUUGAGUAAAUCGAUACAUAUAAAGAAGCACAGAUCACAUGAUCUUAAAAACAGUGACCAUAGAUCAUUAUCUAUUAACUUGAAAGAAGUUAAAACUAGUCAGAUCACGGAGCCUAUAGCUCCAAAUGUAAAUGGAGCAUUUAGAUCCAUAAUGGCAAACGCCAGCCAACCAGUGAACAGGUCAGCCACUGCUGGCAGUAUGUCACUAGAAGAUAGCUCUUAUUUGUCUAGUGUUGUUGAUGGUGUGUUGUGGACGCAAAAACUCGGGGCCUCGUGUCCCAAGGCUUUCCCCCCACACGAGGUUAAAGAAUGGAGGAGAAGGGUCGAAGGACUGGACGUUGUUAAGAUGGAGGAAGGCUGUGGAAGGAUGCAAAACAGGCUGGUCACCUUCAAGGACGCCUCUAGAGCCUGCGCCAGGUACAGACUAAAUACAGAUCAGAUCCAAGGUGAGAUCUACUCGUACUACUUGGCCCAGCUGCUCAACAUCACUAACAUGCCACCCACACUUCUGGCACAGGUGGACCCGCUCUCACAGAAGUGGAGAACAGUUCACCUUCAACUGUCUCUGGCCCAGUGGGCAGAUUCCAAAAUAGUCGUCUUCACACAGCACAUAGGCGGGCUUUCUCCGGCCCACAUUCCGGCUGAGUUCCGCGAGGAGAAGCUUAGGCUGGAGCCCACGCUGGCUGGAUUAGGGGGGAAAACUCACGAAGAACUCUGCGAGCUGAUUCAGUGGUCAGACCUGAUCGUCUUCGACUAUCUGACCGCAAACCUGGACCGCGUCAUCAACAACAUGUUCAACAAGCAGUGGAAUGACCAGAUGAUGACGAACCCAGCUCACAACCUUGAAAAACAAAAAGACGGCACACUCGUCUUUCUGGACAAUGAGUCUGGUCUUUUCCACGGAUACCGACUGCUGGACAAGUACGCUAGCUUUCACCGGACGUUGCUGGACGCUGUCUGCGUCUUUCGACCUGAGACGGUCAAGGCGAUUAAAAGGCUGCACGCCUCGGGCUCUAUAGGUCGCGAACUUCACAAUCUCUUUGCAUCCCAGGAGACAUUGCACAAACACAUUGCCGCCAUUCCAGAGAAAAAUCUCAAAAUUCUACAGCAGAGACUUAACGAUGUAUUCCAACAGAUAGUUAAGUGUGAGCAGUUGUUUGGGAGAUAGUACUCACUAGGGCAUGUGGCUUUUAAAGUUGUUAGUGGUUUCUUGUUCCAUUGUCCUGGCACAUGUACAAAGUAGAUCUUGUGCUGGGCCGCCAACAGUUAGAUCUUCCCCCAAGAUUGCAGCUCAAUUGCCUUCAUUGCUAAAACUGUUUCCAGGGACCAUUCCUGGUCCAAUUCUGUUUGACUCACAGAUAGCAAAUGGAAGAUUGGAUUACAAAAUAACUAGUAGAAUCUUGGGAUAAAAUUAGAUCCAUUCAUUUAAUAUAACGAAGAAAACAAAAUGCAAUACACACUAACUAUGACAUCUAUUUCUGCUUUAAAAUCAAAAUGUUGAUAUGUGGUGAUCAAUGCUGUCAAAAUGUUGAUAUGUGGUGAUCAAUGCUACCGAAUGUUAUGUAAAUAUUGAAGUUUGUAUUUUCCAAAAAUCAGAUACACAAUCAGUAAUGAAUGAAUGAGAAUUAUCACUUAAAUAGUGCCGCUUUCUCCUAAACAAUGAGAGCUCAUUUUCUUUUGUUAAUUAUGAAGGAUAUUUAUUUGGUAUAUCUUGUCUAUUGAAAUGACCAACCCUGACCCGUGCAUUGAAAAUAUUGUAGACUUCUCUUAUUAUUAUCAUUAUUGUCUUUAAAAGAAUCCCCACAAGUUUUAUCAAAUGGAAAAUCUUUGUUGCCAUUGCAUCUCUUUCUACAAUGAUUUAUUUCAGAAGAACUCAAAGAUUUUGUUUGUUCCAAAACACAUCCCUGGCACAAGGUACAGCUGACUGUAGGACUUUUUGUUUUUCAUACAGUGAAUAGAUAGAACAACAAAAUCAUAGACAUCGAGGGUGAGGAGGGAGGCUAGUAGACUGAGGUAAUGCUAAUUUGCACAGAGAGUGGUCGAACUCUGUCUAUAUUUCCUUCUCCUUAGUUCAAAUCUUGUGUGUGUGUUCCUGUCUCCUAUCGACUGAUAUUCCUAAGUCAGUUUUGACUAUAAUCACGGCUACUCUUUUAGAACCAUUCCUCUGUCUCUCUGCUAUUCCACCCACCCCGCCCUUAAACCCAUAUAUUUUUCUGGAUCCGCCAAGCACCCCCUUCACACCACUAUGCCAGUGACUGGUUUCUAUGUUUUGUAUGUGCCAUCGUGCUUCUCUUUUAUUCCGACCAGAUGAAAAUACUAUAUAGUGGCUAUUCCCCCCCUCACACACACUCACACACACCCAGGGGGGCCUUUUUCUUUCACUAGCUAACAUCACUCCUCCCCCCCCCCCAAAUCCAUGCGUGAGUACAUCUGUUUGCUCUUUGUUAUGAUCUAAUAAAUGUAGACGCUCUCUUUGUGAACUCAAUGUCUGGGAGUACACUAGAGGUGGGAAUCAGGGGAGCUGUAGAGGGGGGAGGAAGGAAGGGGCGUCAAAUAAAUUGUACGGCUUUCGACCAGGAGUUCAACACCAGAACAGAGAGAGAGGACAUCAAGGAUUUUUUGUUUUGUUUUGUUUUGUAUGUGUUUGUAGCGCAGAGCGAGUUUGAGGGCAUUUAUUAGGCGGAGAAAAAAACAUGUGUAUGACAUAGAAGUAGUCCAGAUGGAUGGGUUUGUUUAUCUUUCAUUUCGACAUGUUCCUCUCCUCUCAACUUAGGUAGGAAUAGAGAGGACCUUAAUGUUGGCUUUGAUGUUUGUUUACCUAGGUUUUUAUAGAGAUUUAUAUAUCAUGUGCCUUUUCAUAGUGGUAUUUCUGGCGGCUUUUUUUUUAAAUACACAUUUUUUUAAAUUUAACAAUAUUAUGUAACUAACAAGUCUAAACGAGCUCCAUUUGAGAUUUUCUAGCUUUAUUUUUUCCAGGCAUUUCAUUUUCCUUAUCUUUGCGUUUUUUUCCCUUCCUCUCCUAGACUAGAUCUAUGUAAGCAGGUUGUUUAACAGACUAUGUCAGAUCUAUGUAAGCAGGUUGUUUAACAGACUAUGUCAGAUCUUUGUAAGCAGGUUGUUUAACAGACUAUGUCAGAUCUAUGUAAGCAGGUUGUUUAACAGACUAUGUCAGAUCUAUGUAAGCAGGUUGUUGAAAAGACUAUGUCAGAUCUAUGUAAGCAGGUUGUUUAACAGACUAUGUCAGAUCUAUGUAAGCAGGUUGUUUAACAGACUAUGUCAGAUCUAUGUAAGCAGGUUGUUUAACAGACUAUGUCACCAUCUAUCUAUUGAGUCAAGUCUUAGGUGAACAGAAUCAAUGAGUACUGGUACACGAGAAGCCUGCUAUAUUCAAUUGAUUAGUGAGUAGAGAGUUAAUCUGUCUUGGCAGUGGAAGCACUUGAUAAAUGAGAGGCCACUCAGGUUUAUCUUCUGAGUUGUCUCGCUUGAAAGAUGAAAUUGUGAGUUGUUAGUGAACUUAGAUUCACUUACUGCAUUGUUCAGUUUUUGAAGAAGCUAGUGGAAUAUUUCACUUUUCUGUUGUUACUCUGUGAAACAGUUCGAGUUCUAGUGAAGCAUUUCACUUUCUAUUACUGGACACUUUUUAAAUGUAAAUAAAAUCUUUGUUUAAACGACUGCGUGUGUGCAUGCAUCAUAAACAGUGGCGGCACUGUAAUAAGAGAUAGGUGGGACCGGGUGAGGGGGGUGAAGCAAGACAUCAAUAUAUUAAUAUACAGCACUCGCUCUCCUGAUAUAUCUCACGCCCUCACCCCACUCCUAACCCCCAACCCCUCAUCCCACUCAAGCCGUUUUUAAUUUGAAUAACGUGCCGCCCCUGCCUGCACUGUGGCCGCUGCCAGGACUAUCUUGCCUUGCUAUCUCAACCUAAGUGCUCACGUGUCAUGACCUCAGAUGUCUGCACGUGUCUGGUACUAACAGCCUCGACCUCAAGAUUUUAUUAUCACCUACCACAAUGUGUCUUCAUCUCUGUGACAAAAGUUCCACUGACUCCUACCAGUUCAUCAAUACAAACCUAGUUCUGUAUCUUAUAAUCUCUGUGACAAAAGUUCUACUGACUCCUACCAGUUCACCAAUACAAUCCUAGUUCUGUAUCUUAUAAUCUCUGUGACAAAAGUUCUACUGACUCCUACCAGUUCACCAAUACAAUCCUAGUUCUGUAUUUUAUAAUUUCUGUGACAAAAGUUCUACUGACUCCUACCAGUUCAUCAAUGCAAACCUAGUUCUGUAUCUUAUAAUCUCUGUGACAAAAGUUCUACUGACUCCUACCAGUUCACCAAUACAAUCCUAGUUCUGUAUUUUAUAAUUUCUGUGACAAAAGUUCUACUGACUCCUACCAGUUCAUCAAUGCAAACCUUUUCUGUAUUAAAUCUGAAAUUCUUGCCUGUGGAUAAGAAAAUUGAGUCAGAAGUUCCUCCAGUUUAAAAGUUCACCACAGUCUCAGUUUUUAGUGUCCAUGUCACUUUGUUUUUCUUGAGUAUGUAGCUUUCUAUUUACUAAAUAUGUGAAUGUGUUUCUUAAGUCUAGUUCCUACAUUGUUCCUUACAAAUUAUAGUUUGAUGAAUUGAAAACAUUUUUUUCUUCAUUUUUCCCUUUUUACAUAUAUAUAGAAUAUAUAGGUCUACACAUUCGUAGAUUCGCAAUAGAUAAUAGGUUGGUUUCUAUUGUUGUUGUUUUGUGUUCACAUUAUCUUUAAUAAUGAGUCAAUCUUUGAGAACUCCUUGCUUCUGGUUGAGGAUUUAGAACCAAUACAAACGUUUGAUUACUUAAGUUAUGUUUGAAUUUUUAGUGAAGAUGUCGGUCAUAUUUAGCUCAUUCAAUAUCUUUUUCAAUUUCUCUUCAAUCAAACAUUUAGGAUAUCUGAGCUGCCAUUAGUGGACACUUUUUUAUGUUUAUUAUGUUUUAGUGGUCAUCUCACACCAGUGGUCAGCUGAAAGUACAGAUCAUAGGAAAUGCAUUCCAUUGACAAUACUUUUACGAGUAAGUAGCUCUUGAAGCUGCUCCCACUGAUACGGUCUGUAAGACAUCUGGAAGAAAUGAGUUUGUAGAUCAUAGACAACCUUGUGACAUCUCUGUAACUAACUCCUCACUAUGCCACUUGAAAGACUCCCGCCCUCUUUUCUUUUUUCACCAUCAAAGGAAUGUUCCAUGUUUUAAGAGAUUUUCAAGGGGAGAUAAGUACAGACGUCACGGAUAAUUAAAUUGCCAGACAUGACAAACAAAGUUUGACACAAUGAUUUAAGAUCUGUUAGUUUUUCAUUUUCAGAAAAAUAUGUUCAUAUUUCGAAAUGUUCUCUCAUUGGAAAUAGUGUUUCCAUAGUUCUGAUCUUUCAUGUUUCGAAAUGUCCCGAGAGCUGUUCAGUAAAUGAAAUAAUUAGUUAUCUAGACCGACAUUUAUUGUAGAAGUCCUACGUUCUCAUUUAAAAUGGUCAAAGUAUCACCAGAAUAUUGUAACAAUGGUAUAUCCUUGCCAACUUUGAGUGUCCUGUUAUGUACCAUAUAUUACCGAUAGCUGUAUAAUGUAUAAGAUCUGUCCCAAUAGUUGACUAUCCACCUGUAGACACCAUUCUAAUUUGUCUACCAAGUGGCGAUUAAUGAACUGGAAGAAGAGAACGUUUGAUAUAUGCAACAUUUCAACAUUAUAGACAAUAUUACAUACACAUACAUGUCUCAAAUAUUCUCAAACUGUAUUAUUUUGUUUACCCUAAGCUUUAAAAUGAGAGUAUUUGUUUCCAACUGUAAACAUUUCCAAGUCUCUAUUUUGUUCAUUUAGCGUGUACAUAGUUUUGAGUAAGUUUGCUUGUAGCGUGAAUGCUAAAAAUCAAGUAUGUUGUACAUAUAAUUGAUAAUCAAUAAUCAAUAUCUAUACAUAAUUGUGAUAACAGAACUGACCGACCAAACACAUUGACAACUGACAGAAGAAGUAGACAGACAAGUACCAGUACUGUAAGACAAGAUAACACAAAGACAUCUCUUUCAAUGAAUACUUUGUCAUGCUUUCAUUCUCCAAUGGCUCAUUCCAAUCAUUUUAAUGAAACAAAAAUGUCAAUAAACCUGAUAGACAAUCUAUUAAUAUUUAUAAAUAUUCCAUGACAUGAAUCCUACUUAGCAGCGAUUCUCAAGCAGUGCUUCUCCAAAGUACCCACAGAGUUGUUCCGGUCCUUCUUCUCCCUUUCAUUUUCUCAGCAUGUUCCUCGCGGAACAAAUUCUCCCAUGGGUAAGACACAAAAUUUAAUUUGGUGACUCAGCGAGUACUUAGAUAUUUUUACAUUCUUGAAUCUGCCCAUCCCGGUGUAGUCUAAACCUGCUAAUAAACAGGACACGUAGGUUUCUGAUUCAAUGGUCUCAUCCAUAUGGUGUGCACAAAUCCCUAUCUGCUUCACAUAAUACAAGCUUUCUGAUUGGUCGAAGUCAGCUUUAAUGAACAAAAAAAUCUUUAUUACCGGUAGUAUUGGUGUCAUUGGUCAUUAGGUGUUGCCAGUCACUAUCUAUAACAAGGAAAUUCUUGACUUAUGAAAAAAAAUCUCUCUCUCUCUUCUCAUUCUGGAGAUAAAACUGUGCAUUAGUGCCUAGAUAUGUAUCACAACGUGAAAUUACUGCUCCUGGGAUUCAGUUUGAAAUACUUUGUAUUUAAGUGUUCUUCUGUGGUCUAUAAGACAGAGGAUGUAGACCACAAGGUCGGAAAGAGGAACUUUUACUUCUGUAACCCAUACACACAACUGCCUUAAGUCUUUGACCGUGAUCAUUGGUAUUUCUGUCAUCUAUCAAUCACCCGUUGUUCAACAAUAAUGUAGUAUUUAUAAUUUAACAUGCAUCUAAAUUUACAUUUUAUAAUUACGAAAGUUGUAAUAGAAUUGCUGUUUUAGUCCUGAACACACUGACCUUAUAAGUUUCAUGAAUUUUGUCACAUUUGUUAGAGAAUAGGUUUGAACUAAAUCAAUACCAUACAUGGCUAUCUAAUAGUUCACACUUUUAAUUGUUUGAUUCGUAAACUUCCACCAUCGAUGCUUUUUGUUUACUUAUUUCCAAAUCUUUGCUUUUAAUUUCUUCUAAAAUCAGAAUUUAGACAUUUAAAAAAAACGAUAGAAGACUUGUUAAUAUUUGUAUGCAAUAUUUGUUUCAUUCAUUUUUUGUAUUUAAUUUAAUAAUUGUUGAUGUAUCUUAAAGAAUGUACAAUGAAAUCUUCAGUUGAUAUGUAGAUGUGAAUGAUCUGUAUGAUGUGUGCCUGUGUGGAGAGAGAAAAAAAAAGGGGGGGGGGGGGUGGAAGAAUACAAAAGUAUGCUUCUGUUUGUCAGGGAGAGAGAGAGAGAAAGAAAGAAAAAAGAAUGCAAUUGAUAUUAGAGAAGAGGCUGUGAUGUGUGAAAUGAGACUUUCAACUGACAAAUAUUCCAAAACUGUUAUUGUUGCUAGAGAAUGAACAUUUGUCCAAGAAAAAUAAAUAAACAAAUAUGUUGAUCCAAUGUUGAA